ACAUGGCAAAAGCUGAUGUGUAACAAGGCCAUUUGAUGAGACCUGCAUACAAAAGCAACAGUAAAGGAGACACCAAUCUGCAGAACAAAACUGAAAAAAAUUCCUACCAUAUGUUCAGCACCAGUGAGAAAAAUGAGCCAUUUAUUCCCCAGUCCAAAAGCAAGCAACACAGAAGAUGCAGGAGGGGACAGACUCACAUUGCUAAGCAUUCAGGAUAAGUCCUUCAACACGACAGCUUUAGCAGAGUGUGACGGGUAUUCAGACUCUGUGCAUGAAGAUCGAGCAGGCAGCUCCAGUCCCAGAGAUGAUGAUAACAAAGAAAAUUACCCGGACAACUCUGCUGUCUUAGAGGAAAGGCAGCUGCCUUUGCAAGACACCCAGCAGCACAAGCAGCAGGUUUUAACUGACUGCACUCCAAAGCCCGAAAUGGGCAACUUAAAGCUGAGGAAACCUAAGCCCAUUGCAAAGCUAGAAAAUGGAAAAAGCCAUGAGGAAAAUCAGGAGCUGGAGUGUGCAUUGCCAGGCCUCUCAGAGUGGCAGGGGAAGGCUGGAUGCUCAGCUAAUAACUAUGCACAGAACGUGGCUUUGAAAUGCCAGGAAGCAGUGGUGAAAUUCCAGCCAAGAAUAGAUCAGAGCACAAGCAUUUCACCAAAAGAAGCAACUGAUCAAUUUAACAGCUUAAAUGAGAAUUCUUUGUUGAAGCUGCAAGCCCUGGAAACUGAUCUGUGCUCUGCAUUUCUGCCAGCCCAGGAGGAAACUCCCCAGCUGCCGGCACCCAAGGACACAACCCCUACUCCAGCCCAAAGCAGUGUGCAAGCUGAUGGGGCCAGUUGUGGAGAGCAAUAUCACUUCAUUUCUCCUAUUAUUGAUUUUAAUUUAAUGCAUCAGCAGAGAGAUAGCGAAGAGCCUGUGCCAGCCCACAGGGACUGGCAGAAUGACAUGGAGAGCAGCCCACAGGAGCAUCACUCCCUAGGGACCAGCCGACUGCUGUAUCACCUCACAGAUGGAGACAAUCCUCUCUUGUCACCACGCUGCUCUAUCUUUAGCCAAAGCCAGAGAUUUAAUCUAGACACAGAGUCUGCUCCUUCUCCACCAAGUGCUCAACCUUUCAUGAUGCCCAGAAGUUCUUCCAGGUGUAGCUGUGAAGACUGCAAAGAACCACAGACAGUAACACAGCUUACCAAGCAUCUUCAGAGCCUCAAGAGAAAAAUUAGGAAGUAUGAAGAAAAGUUUGAGCAAGAAAAAAAAUACCUGCCUUCUCAUGGUGACAAGACUUCCAAUCCUGAGGUUCUGAAGUGGAUGAAUGCUCUGGCCAAAGGUCGGAAGCAGCUCAAAGAGCUGAAACUCAGAAUGUCAGAAGAGCAAAACUGUACCUCCACAGUGCCCCAAAGAAAUGAGCAGUGUGAAGGCAGUGGCACCUCUAAAGAGGCUGGCACACAGGAGGUCACAAGCAUGGAACCAGCUCCCUCAGUGGAAGAAACCAUGGAGAGUGUGUUGAGACGACUAAAGGAGAAAAGACAACACUUCAACCUUCCUGAGACUAUUAAGGAUAUGACAAAAAAGCAAAUGGCUUUGGAAAAAAUCAAUCUUCAGAAAUGUCUACUAUAUUUUGAGAGUAUUCAUGGACAACCUGUAACUAAGCAAGAAAAGAGUCUCAUGAAACCUCUUUAUGACAGAUACAGAAUUAUCAAGAAACUUCUGGCUGCUCCAUCUUUGAUCACAACAAUUCAGGAGGAAGAAGACUCAGAUGAAGACCAUUCUCAAAGCAGCCAUGAGUUAUCAUCUGGUCCAAUGUCUUGCUUCCCUGUUGAAGAGCACCUGUGUUUCUCACAGGAGGAGAGUGAGCCUGCACAUAUUUCACCUCUGGAUGAAAAGAAAGUUUACAGGCAAACAGCCUUGUCAAUGUCCAAUUUACAUGAGGCAACAAUGCCAGUUCUGCUCGAACAUCUCAGAGAAACAAGAGCUGAUAAGAAGAGGCUUCGCAAGGCUCUUCGAGAGUUUGAGGAGCAGUUCUACAAACAGACAGGAAGGAGUCCUCAGAAAGAAGAUCGGGUGCCAAUGGCUGAGGAAUACUCUGAAUACAAGCACACAAAAGCCAAAAUCAGGCUCCUGGAGGUUCUCAUCAGUAAGCAUGAUGUUUCCAAAACAAUUUGAAGUGAAUGCAAUGCUGUGAUAUUGUUCUCUAAGGAAAAAAAAAAUCCAAGCAAACAAACAAGUAGUGAAAAAGAGAAAGUAAUUUUACAGGUCUUGGUCUGCUGCACGAUUAUUUGACACACUGAGAUUUUUGAUGCACUUUACCAAUUAUAAUAGCUGUGAUGAGAGAGGACAGCAAUAUGCAAGAAUAUUAAGCACGGGUGAGUGGAAUAUAGUAUAUAUUUUUCCUUUUGAAAAAGCCUUGAAGUGCACUGUGAGAAUGUUAAGAAAUUAAAAGGAUGCUGAAGUAAUGUAGAUUCUCAGUUUGACCUGCUCUAAAAGUGUGAGGAAAUGUUCUGCAGGUUUUUAGUACAUCUUAGUACAUGCUAAAGUGCCACACGUUUGUUUCCAGAGUUAACAUGUGUUAUAAUUAAUUAGUAAUGUUGGCUAUUAAGGUGCUGAUUCAAGAUUAAAAGACUUUGAGUGAGUUAAGGAAACAGAACACACUCUAGCUGUGAAGACAGAGCUGCCAUUCAAUUCCAGUGGCUUCAAAGAAAGGUGCAUAGGAAGAAGCAGUGCCAGGGCUGGGAGCAGAGCACUUUUGCAGGAAAAGGCCAGAACGAGACUGCCAAACGGAACUAGUGGUGUUACAGGAAUAAGAGAAAGUGCUUGGCAAAAUGAAACAGCUGCAGGUUGCUGAGAGAAGAUGGAACAAAUGUACUGGCUGCUGUCCUUUUCAUUAGUUCACAGGACCUGGCUCACAGAAUUUAGAAGUCAGUAAAUAGAUCAACUACAUGCUAAUUUUGAUUUCUAUUAACCUUUGCACUUUGGUUUGCCUGACGCUAUAACAUUCGCUUCUCUAACUACCAAAGCUCGUUUAAACGCAUGCACUUUGUAAAAUGUUGAAGUACUUCUUGUGUUAUAAAUUGCCACAUAUAUAUAUAUAAAACCAGAACUAGAUUAUUGCAUUAUGCUAAGAUAUUUUGGAUAGAUAAAGUACAUGGUAUAUAAGUGAGUGUCACAGUUAUCUGAUGAGGAUUGCUAGACUUCUUGUUUACUGAAAAUAAGGUUAUAAAAAGUUAUUUUUCCAUUGGAGUUAUGCAUCUUUCUUAACUUUCAGAGCACCACACUUUGUAAUAUUAAGGAGAAUUGUCACUGUUUAUGGUAGGCCAUUGGUGUGAGAAGUGGACUAGUAAUAGAAAGAUCAUCAGCAGGUUUUGUACUAGCAAUGAAAAGCAGGGAUUCUGGGAAAUUCCUACCCCAGACAGAAAGGAGGGAAGAUUUACUUAAAGAAAAAAACAAAA